AUGCCGUCUUUAAUUCGCACAUUAUCGUCACGACCAUCUCCGUUCGCACUGCCUCGAUCUCCAAGCUUCCUCAAGAUACGCAGAAUCCACGCACAGACUUCUCACAAUCAGCCUGGGCCCUUAGCAGGCGUAAAAAUCCUUGACUUAUCGCGGGUUCUAGCAGGCCCAUUCUGUACACAAAUCCUUGCCGACUAUGGUGCAGACGUGAUCAAAGUUGAGCAUCCCAAAGGUGGCGAUGACACCCGCCUUUGGCGUGAGGCAGGAGAGGAGGCUAUCUGGAAGCCCACUGCCACAGAUACGUCUCUUUAUUUUAAUACAAUCAAUCGCAAUAAACGUUCUAUUUCGGUCAAUUUGAAGCAUGAGCAGGGAAGGGCUGUGGUCUUACAGCUCGCAAAGAACGCGGACGUCGUCGUUGAGAAUUUCGUACCUGGCAAGCUUGAAAGUCUGGGCCUCGGUUAUGAAAUUUUGAAGAAGGUCAAUCCAUCUCUUAUUUUAGCGAGCGUAUCCGGCUACGGAGCUGAUGGUCCGUAUUCAAAACGUGCAGGAUAUGACGUUAUAGGCGCCGCCGAGGGUGGAUUGCUUCACGUCACAGGGGAGGGAGAUGGGCCACCUACCAAGCCAGGAGUCGGCAUCAUAGACAUGUGCACGGGACUUUAUCUACACGGCGCCAUUGCGUCCGCAUUACUUGCCCGGGAAAAAACCGGUCUUGGUCAGAAGAUUGACACCUCACUGUUUGAGACUACUAUUUCCAUCCUAGCAAACGUGGGCAUGGCGUGGUUAAAUCUUGCCAAAGAAGCACAGCGAUGGGGUACGGGACAUCCAACUAUUGUCCCCUACGAGGCAUUCACGACAAAAGAUGCAUACAUUGUUGUUGGCGCGGUCAAUGACAGGCAGUUCAAUUUGUUAUGCGAACGAUUAGGGAAUACCAAGUUAGCCGAAGACCCUCGGUUUGUGGAUAACAAGUCGAGAAUCGAAAAUCGAAAAGAGUUGAAGCGCAUUCUGGACGAAGAAUUCGCUUCGAAAACUACUUCUUACUGGGAAGAUAAGUUUGACGGCAGUGGGUUGCCUUACGGCCCUAUUAAUAGUAUGGAGAAGGUGUUUUCACAUCCCCAGGCUAUUGCCCGGAAUAUGAUUCAAACCGUUGAGCAAGAUGCAGCGGUAUCAGGGAAGAUACAAGUUCUUGGCAUGCCAGUCAAGUUUAGUGAGUCUAAACCUUCAAUCCGAUGUGGUCCACCAGCCCUGGGAGAGCACACGGAUGAUGUGCUACAAGAAGUUGGCAUUUCCUCUGCUACUAUUUCUAAUCUUCGGAAGAAAGGAGCUAUAUAG